GAUUCGAACAUUUACGGAGAUACUUAUCAUCUUCAACUAAAGAAGUCCUCAAAUAUGAGAUGUUCCAAACUCCGUUAUGACCACCGAAUCCAGCAACGAUCCAAAAUCCAUUUACGAUUUCACUUUCAAGGAUGCUAAGGGAAAUUAUGUACAUCUUCAUACAUACAAAGGAAAAGUCCUCCUCAUUGUUAAUGUUGCUUCCAAAUGUGGCAUGACCAACUCAAAUUACGUCGAGUUGAAUCAACUAUAUGACAAGUACAAACACAAAGGCCUGGAGAUUCUAGCAUUUCCAAGUAAUCAAUUUGGUGAGGAAGAACCUGGAACCAAUGAUCAAAUAUUGGACUUCGUCUGCACUCGCUUCAAAGCGGAAUUCCCCAUCUUUGAUAAGAUUGAAGUGAAUGGGGAGAAUUCUGCGCCCUUGUAUAAAUUCUUAAAGUUAGGUAAAUGGGGAAUUUUUGGGGAUGAUAUUCAGUGGAACUUUGCCAAGUUUUUAGUUGACAAGGAUGGCCAAGUGGUGGAUCGCUAUUAUCCCACCACCUCUCCUCUUAGCAUUGAGCGAGACAUCUGCAAACUACUUGGUGUUGAAUGAAUGAAUGAAUACAUGGAUUCAGGUUGGAAGAGAGGAUGAUUGUCUUGAAUGUUAAUAAAGCAUAGCCUUUUGACUUUGUAAUGUUGUUUCCUUCCUGAAGUUGUAAUAUUAUGUUAUGCAUAAUGGAUUGGUUUCUUAUAAACUGAACAAGAGCUGCAUAUCCUUAUAUACAUCAUGAUGUUGAUUAGUUUUAUUGAUAUUUGAGUGCAUCUUAGCAUCUA